AUGGCAUAUUCAGGGUGGGAGUGGAGGCGGUCAGAGAGGAGGCAGUUAAGGCAGCAGAGAGGGGGGUCCAUCCAUGCUUCCCCUCUUCACACCCCCUCUUCCCCGCCCUGUGUCGCUCCAUCGUUUCUACGUCCCUCGUGGCAAUCCACCCCACUUCGCUUUCAGACGGAGGGCAUAUUCAAGGUGGGAGUGGACGCGGGCAGGGAGGAGGCAGCCAAGGCAGCUGUGAAUGCGGGGCAGAUCCCGCCCUCCACUGAUGUGCACUGCCUUGCAGCGCUUAUCAAGGCCUGGUUCCGGGAGCUCCCAGACGGUCUCUUGGACGCGCUGCCGCUCUCGCUGCUUGCCUCGGCAGCGGACCCGCACAGCGAGGAGGGCGGCAUGGCGGACGUGCUGGGAGUGCUGCCGCCCGCCUGCAGCUGCCUGCUGGACUGGCUGCUCAAUCUGCUCGUGGAUGUGGUGGAGUGCCACCACUGCAACCACAUGGGCGCCAGGGCGCUCGCCCUCGUGUUCGCACCAAACCUCGUACAGUGCCACCACCGCAACCACAUGGGCGCCCGGGCACUGGCGCUGGUGUUAGCGCCCAACCUCGUGCAGGUGGGUGCGCCCAACCUCGUGCAGGUGGGUGGGUGUGAGCCCGCUCUGCCGGCCCUGCUUGCUGCUCCCUUCUUGCUCUUUCCCGCGCAAAUUUACUGUUUCUUUCCCGCUUGUUUACUGUUUCUCUGUCUCCCCCUCCCUGCCGUUUCCCCUCCGCACCCCCUCCCCAUCCCCUCCCCACCCUGUCUACCCCCUCCCCUUUCCCCUCCCCACCCUGUCUACCCCCUCCCCAUCCCCUCCCCACCCUGUCUACCCCCUCCCCUUUCCCCUCCCCUCCUCACCUCCUCCCCACCAGCUGCCAGUCUCAAGCGCGCCAUGCUGCUAAUGGACCUUCUAGAAGCCCUCAUCGCGCGCAAGCACCGCCACCGCCAGCUCUUCGCGCACCACUGGCCGGGCGGGGGCGGCCGCGGGGGCGCGUCAGUGCUGUCAGCAUCAGCGUCGGUUAUGGACGAAUCAGAGGACUGGGAGGACACGGACCUCGAUUCCUCGCUCAACUUCUCGCUGCUCUCAGGGGCGCAUGGGGGUGUGGGGGGGUUGGGGGCGUUUGGAGGCGCAGCGGGAGCGGAGAGGCUGUUUGGGGCGGGUUUGGUUCGGAGCGGUGCAGGUGGUGGUGGUAGUGGUGGUGGUGGUGGUGCGUCGUUUGGGUCGGCGUCGGUUGUCCAUAGCCCGCGCACUGCGCUGAUGCUCAGAGCGCUGGCAGCGGCUGGGCUUGGGCGGUCGUGGGUUGUGGGCAGCGAUGGGGGGGAAGGGCUGGGGUCAAUAUCUGAGCUGUGCCCCCUAGAGGAUGGGGAGGAGGAUGGUGAGGGCGAUGGGGAGAGGGAUGGGGAGGGUGGGCGGAUGGAAGGAGGGUUGGAGAGUGAGGGUGUAGAGGGAAGAGAGUGGCUGGGUGGGACGAGAAAGAGUGGGGAUGGGAUGGGGAGGAAUGGGGGGAGAGCGGGUGGAGGGGUGGAGGGAGUGGAGGGACUGGCAGGGGCGGCAGGGGAGGGGCGUGGUGGGGAUGGGCGGGGGGAUGGACAUAGAGGAGAGGCGGGCAGUCGCUUGGCAGAGUGGCUGAGGAAUAUUGAUGAGGCCGUGGGGGAGGGGGAAGGGGAAGAGGCAGUGGGGGAGGGGGAAGAGGGUGGAGCGGAGGGGGAGGGGGGAGGGGAAGAACCGGAGGGGGAAGGGGAAGGGGACGACAAGGAGGGGGAGGGGGAAGGGGACGAUGAAGCGGAGGGGAAAGGGGAAGGGGAAGUAACAGUUGAGGUAGAAGUAGACGAAGGAGAAGCAGGGGAGGAGGACGAGGACUUGGAAACUGCAGGGACAGGCAUGGAUGAGCGUGAGUGUGUGGAGGAGGAAGAGGCAGAGGCAGCAGCAGAAGCAGCAGUGUCACCAACACUCGCUUGUGACUUGCCGCUUGCAACAGAAGCUGUGUUGCCCCUGCCACAGGGGGCAGAUGCAUGUAGUUAUGAUGAUAGUGAUGGCGAUGGUGAUGGUGACACUGAUUGUGGGGAUGGGGCUGUGGAUGAGGAUGGGGAUGGUGAUGAGGAUGGCGAUGGAGGCAGUGGUUGCUGUGAUGACGUGAAUGAUGCAGAAGCGGAUGAUCACGCCACUGCGUUGCCUCCAGAUGGCCUUGCCAACACUGACAGCAUCGCCGCUGCUGUUGACGAUUUAAAUUCCGAAGCAGAGUUUGAUGCCGAGGUUGAUGGUGAUGGUGAUGGUGAUGAUGGUGAUGGUGGUGAUGGUUGCGAGAACGUACAUGAUGCUGAUGCUCACAGUCACGGCACUCAUCCUGCCAGUGCCGCCACCACUGCUUCUCACGAGGCCUCGAUGCAAAAGCAGGUUUCGGUUUCCGACUCCCCUUCGGACGCUCCUCACCAGCUCUCUUCUUCCCAACCUCCAUUUCCUCCCUCCACUCUUCCACCUGCCACCCCGGCUGCCUCGCUCCUGCCUGCCACGGACCUCUCUGCUCCACCCGCUACUGCAGACACCACGCAGAGUGCUGCUGCACCUGCCGCUGCCUCUUCUCCCCUCUUUGCCAGCAUGCUCCUCGUACUCGCUGCCAUGCACACUGCCCGUCCCCUGCACCCCGCCCCACCAGCCUUAACACCUCUUGUCCCCACUCCCGCCGCUUCUGCUGCCGCUGCCGUAGACCCUGCAGCGCCAUCCCAAGGCCCCAUGGACCGUACUUUUGAGCUCUCUCUGCCCCACCCCCUCUGCGCGCCCCCCCCUCCCGCUCCGGCUGUACUAGAGCCAGGCCGGGUUCUUGUGCCUCCUGCCAGACGCAGCAGAGCACCUGCUGCUGCGAGCACUGCUGCUGUCGCCGCUGCUGCUGUCGCCCCUGCUGCUGCCGGUGCUGCUGCCACCGCUGUUGCUGGUGGUGCUGCUGCUGGCGCUGCUGCUGACACUGCAGUUGAUGCUGCUGGCAGUGCGGGGCAAGAGGAGGGGAGUGGGCGGGGAAAGAGAGGCUUGACGAAGAUGGGUGCAGGGCGAGGGAAGGGCACAGCAGCAGCAGGAAGGGCGGGAGCAAAGGGCGCUCUAGAGGGAGUGAGCGAGGGGAAGAAGGUGGGUGGAGAGGGAUUGACGAAGGCAAAGGGCAGAGGGAGAGGCAGUGGAGGGGUGGCAGGUGCCGGGACGAAGAGGAGGACGAGUAGUGCUAGCAAGGCAGAGGGGUCAGGGGCGGAGGGGGAUGUUGGGGUGGUGGAGGAGCAAGAGGCGGAGGAUAGGGCCUGCCUGGUCGAACUGCUGGCAGAUGAGGGGCGGAGACACGGUGAGCAAGAGGCAACGGUUAAGGAUGGAGCAACAGCAGCAGCAGAAGCAGACAAGGUAGUGGCUGCAGUAGGCAAGAGGACAGCAGCUGGCAAGGCAGCAACAGGCAAAGCAGCGGCAGCAGGCAAGGUAGCGGCAGCAGGCAAGGCAGCAGCAGCAGGAAAGGCAGGGAAGAAGGUGGUGAGCAAGGGGAAGGGCAAGGCUGCCAAGGUUGCUGACAGGGCGAGAGCGGAGGCGGAGGCAAGGCGGGGCUCAGAGGGGAUGAGGGCAGGCGAGGGUGAGAGCAGCAGCGCAGUGGUGGCAGCGGGUGGGGGCACGGGGGUAGUGGCAGGUGGUGGUGGGGCGAGCAAGGGAGGGAAGGUGAAGAAGAGUGCAAGGAAGGCAGUGGCGGAGAUAGAAGAGAUAGAGGAGAUCGAGGUGGUGGUGGAGGAGGGACGGGUGAAGAAACACGGGCAACCCAAGCGUGCCACCGCCGCCACCGCUGCUGCUGCGGGUGCUGCUGCUCCCAAGCCUCGCAAGCGUCGUGAGGCAGCAGCAGGAGCAGUUAGUAGCGGUGGUGAUGGCACUGGCAGCACUGUUGCCCGCAGGGAGGUGGCAUCUGGGCAGGCCGUGUCUGAGAGGAGCGGCAGGGAGGCAGCGGGGGGAAAGGGGAAGGGGAGGGUUGGCGAGACGGGGGCGAGUGGCAACGGUGGUGGCGGCACAGGCAGCGCCGUGAGGCUGUCUGGUGGAGGGGUGGAGGGACGAGCAGCGAGGGGUGGUGGGUCAGCGAGGGGUGGUGGGGGCGCAAGAGCAGCAGGGAGGGAGGCGGCAAUGAGGGAGGCGUUGGGAAGGGAGUUGGCGUGGAUGCAGCGAGUGAGGGAGAUGCAGGGCGGGGAGUGGGGCGAGCGCUGGCAGCGGUGGCUGCAGGAGAGCGAGGAGAGUAGGAGCGAGGGGGGGAGCAGGAGGGGGGGUGUGAGGGAGGGCGUGCAUGUGUUUGGGGAGGGGACUGCGGUGCGGGAGAGGAUUAGUGAGUGGGAGCGGGCUCUUGCACUUGCCCGCGCUGCUGUUGACGCGGAGGGGAGGGUAGUGGGGGAGGCGGGAGGCGGAGGAGAAGCAGGAGUGGGGGAGGGAGGUAGGGGAGACGUGGGGAGUGGUGGGAGGCGGGGUGGGAGUGGACAUGGGAAGCGGCACGAGGUUGGGGAGGAGAAAGGCGGGGGUGAGAAGGGUGGGGAUGGGAGGGGUCGGGGUGAGAAGGGUGGGGAUGAGAGGGGAGGGGGUGAGAAGGGGGGGCAGCAGGGGGAGCAAGAGGAGAGCAGUGAUUUGUGGCGGUGGAGGAGGGCGUUGGCAGGGCGUGUGGGGGGAGGAGGAGGAGGGGGAGGGGGAGGGGCGGACCGGUUUCAGCCGGCGUGUGUGCUGCCGCCACUCUCCUCUGCCCACCGCUCCCACGGUGCCGCUGCCGCUGCUGCCGGCGGGGCACGUUUUGCACCCCAUGCUCAUGCUCGUGCCUCCCUUGCACACGCACCACCCGACUUCGAGCUUCUAGAAGAAGCAGCAAGGGGUGGGGAUGUGCGGCGGCGCUCUGAAAGCACGCCCGGUGGAGGUGAUGCACGGAUGGUAGAGCAGGCAGGGGAGCACGGCUCUAAGGUGCAUCGCCAGGAGCAGAGCAGUAGUGCAGCACCUGACAGUUUGCUCUCUGCCCACCCCCCACCUGGCCAUCCACCUGGCCGUUCACCUGAGAAUCAGUGUGUGCCGCCCAGUUUGCCGGCUUCAGGUGGUGGAAAGGCAAAGGGGAAGAAAGGGGCGAAGGGAAUGGGCAAAGAGAAGGCGGGUUUGGCAUUGCAGCAAGGGGCUGGGGAUGGAGCCGAGGCGAGUGGAGCAGUGGCGGGGAGUGGGGGCAAGGGAGAGAAGGGGAGGAAGGGGAGAAAGAAGGCGGCAGCAGUGGUGGCGGAGAUGAGGAGGAGGAAGGGCGGAUGGGGGCCACAGGAAGAGGGGGAGGGAGACUUGGAGGGUGUGGAGAAAGCAGCGGGUUGUGAGGUAGCAGCAGGUGGGGCGGCGGUGGUGGGUGUGGCGGGCAGGAGUGCAGCAGGAGAGGCGCAGGUGGAGGUGAGGCUACAGGCAACCGCUGGGCAACCGAGUGAGAGGGAUGAGCAGGAGGGGGAGCAGAGCGAGCAGAGGGAGCAGUUGCAAUGCGAGGCUCCAGAGGUGGCUGGGCAGAGGAGCAUGGUUGGUGUAGGUGACAAGGAUGGCGGCAUUGGUGAGGCUAAUAACAAAGGCAGGCGGUCAGGGGAGGGCUAUGGAGAUGGUACAACUGGUGCUGUGGUGGUGAGCCAACAGAGCCAAUGGGGGGCCAGCAGAGCCAGCAGCCGCAGCAGCAAGAGCAGGAGCAGCAGCAGCAGCGGCGCCAGCACCCCUGCCCCCACCACUCGCCUCCUCCCGCUCCCGGCACCCAACCCUCUUCAUCCCGCCCGUCCCUCCGCCCCCAAGCCCUCUCUGCUCAUGCCCGGCCCCUCCUGCAUCGCCCCUUCCGCCCGGCCUCACUCCUCUGCUGCCGCUGCUUCCUCUCCUCGCCUGCACAACUCGCCCGCCUCCUCCUCCCUCCCCUCUCCCUCCCUCCCCUCCCCCUCCGCCUCCCACUCCACUCGCCGCCGCCUCUCCUUUCAACUGCCCACCGCUGCCGCUGGGCCCCCACGUUCCUCCAUCCCCUCCCUUUCCUCCUCCCUUCUGCACUCCUCCAUUUCUUCCCAGUCAUCCCACACCCUCACUCCCUCUCACUCUCACACUCCCUCUACCUCCUCACUCAUAUCCUUCGCCUCUCCUCUCCCCUCCUCCACUCUCUCUCACCCCUCUUCUAGCCCCUCUGCUGACGCCUCUCUCUCCCACCUCCCUCCCCGUCCUUCCUCGCACCGCCCUCCCCCCAUCCUCCCCCCUUCCCGCCGCCACCCCUCCACCCUCCUCAACAAUCUCACCCCUUCCUCCUCCCACUCCUCCCCCCAGCCAACCUCCUCGUCCCUCUCCUCCCCCCACCUGCCCUCCUCCGUUUUCUCCCCCCACUCGCCCACCACUUCAGACUGCCCUGCCUCUCAGCUCGUCCCCCCACCCUCUCAGCACCCCCCGCCCUCUCAGCACCCCCCGCCCUCUCAAAGCGUCCCCCCACCAUCUCUACCUCCCCGCAAGCACCCCUUCGCCCUCAGCGGCAGCAGCAGGGCGCUGGUGAGAGUGCCGUCUCCAGCCAAGGAGGCUUGCGAAGCGAGUCAACAGCAGCAGCAGCACACCCCAGUCACCAGCAGCAGUGCCCUUGUUGCACCUUUCCCUAACCCCGCCCUUCCUGCAGCAGCCUCGCCUACCAGAGAAACACCUGUCCCCUGCCCUUCCUCCCACGCAGCAGCUCCCUCUGCUGCCAUGAAGCCACCUUCACCAGGUAGAGCCUCCCCUUUGGGUUCUCCUGCCAGGCACUCCGUGCAAGUCAAUAGGCUCAGCCAGAUGCCACCUUCACCAGAUAGCCCCUCUCAACACAGAGCACCCCCUCGAGCUGCAUUUGGCUCCCCUGCUUCUGCCGCUCCCCCUCAUUCGCCCUCCUGUCAUCGCACCGUUCUGCACUCCCCGAGACCGCACUCCCCCUUGGCCGCACCUGCCUCCCCUCCUCGUGCUCACCUGCAUUUGCCUCUGCCCGCCUCAACCUCCCUGCCGCCUGCACCCGCCUCACCUGCACCGGCCUCACCUGGUGCUACGAGCCAUGCUGCAUUGCCGGCCAUGCAGGGCGCUGCUACCCUGCCUGCUAGCAGACAGGGAGAGGGCGCUUCGGAGGCGACUGCAAUUCCUCUCCACAUGCACCUGUCUCAGGGAUAUUCCCACCGCUCCCCACCUCCUCACGCUUUUGCCGGGGAAAUGUUGAUGGCCAAUGGAGGCUCGUCGCGGGUUUCAUCGUUCCGUGACCGCUCACAAGCAGCUCAGUGGCUCUUCUUCCCGCGCCUCCCCCCAUCCAUUGUCUUCUUCCCUCGCCUCCCCCCAUCCAUUGUCUUCUUCCCUCGCCUCCCCCCAUCCAUUGUCUUCUUCCCUCGCCUCCCCCCAUCCAUUGUCUUCUUCCUCUCGUCCAAAAUGCCACUCCCCACCACCUGCCAACCCUCCACCUCCCUCCCACCUGCAUCGAGCACUAUCAGUCCCCCUGCCUCAUCCCCAAACCCCCCCUCGCGCCCCUCUCUUCAGAAACAGCACUCCUUCCCUCCCUCCUCCACUGCCCACGCACGCCCGUCCGCGCCUCUCCCUCCUCCCCUUCCUGCAGAGCCCUGUCCUCGCCCCCGAAGCUUCCACCGUUCCGACUGCCUUACCACCCUCUCCUCCUCUCCUCGCCUCGCACCCUCUCUUUCUCGAGCCUCUCGCUCCUCCACGUCCUCUCGCUCCUCUGCCUCUCAUGCUUCCUCCCCCCAUGCGUCCUCCCCUCAUGCUUCCUCCCCCCAUGCUUCCUCCCCUCAUGCUUCCUCCUCGCGUGCUUCUUACUCUCAUGCUUCCUCCCCUCGCGCUUCCUCCUCUCAUGCUUCAUCCCCUCAUGCUUCCUCCUCUCAUGCUUCCUCCUCUCAUGCUUCCUCCUCUCAUGCUUCCUCCUCUCAUGCUUCCUCCUCUCAUGCUUCCUCCUCUCAUGCUUCCUCCUCUCAUCCUUCCUCAGAUCAUCCUUCCUCCUCCCCUUCCUCACCUCCCUCUCGCACAUCCACCUCUCUCUCCUCCCUGCCCUCCCUCCCAUCCUUUAAUUCCAAUAGCACACAACCGAUGCAACCACCACAGCAGCUGCAUCAACCACCACAGCGGCAGCAGCAGCAGCAGCAGCAGCAGCAGCAGCAGCAGCAGCAGCAGCAGCAGCAUGAGAAUGGGGUAAUUGGUGGGCGGGGCCCAGUGGUUCAGACGGGGGGAGAGGGAGAAGGAGAAGCAAGGAGUGAGGUGGAGAGGGGGUUGUCGCGACGCAGAGGUUCAAGCAGCAGCAGUGAGACUGAGAGGUGUCGUAAGGAAGGGCGAGGGAAGGGGGCAGGGAAGAGCAGCUGCGCAGAGAGCGCCGGUGGGGGAAGCUUUGGUGCGGUAGGAGGUGGUUCGGUAGGAGGUGGUUCGGUAGGAGAUGGAAGAGACACGGGAGGGGCCAGAGUCAGAAGGAGGCGGCCGGAUGAGGAGGAGAGCAGCAGCAGCUGCAGCAGUCGAAACGCGGUGAUCAAGGGGGGAAGGAGAGGGGUGCGCGGAAUUGAGGUGGGGGAGAAGGCAAGGCACAGGAGAGGCAACGCCAGGACAGAGGGGGAUGAGGAGGAGCAGAUGGGUAGAGGCAAGCCAUGGCGCCGAGCUGCUGGCAGGGUGAGGGCUGAUGAGGCUGGGGACGGAGGAGAGGGGCAGAUUACAGCUGUGGAAGAGACGGAGACACAUGGCUAUGGGGCGAAUGAUGGGGUGGAAGAAAAUGGAAGAGGGAAUGGAGGGGGAGCAGGGAAGCGAGAGAACCAGGGGAGUGAUGGGAAAGGGGUGAAUAGGGGGAAUGGAGGGGAUGGUUGGUGUGCGACUUCCAGCAGUAGGAGGCACUUGCAGGACGUGGAGAGCGCACAGCAGAUCACAGGCGUUGAGCAGAAUGCUUGUGAAGCCUCUGAUGCACGGAUCACAAGUGACACAUGUAUGACUGGUGUGGAUGGAAUGGAGGGUGCGGGGAUGAAAGGCGGUGAGAGGAGAGGCAGUGGGAGGAGAAGCGGUGCAGGUGAAGUGGAGAGUGGGGAGAUACAGCAUUGGCAUGCCAGUAGUGCAGGGCAUGGCAGUGCAGGGCAUGGCAGUGCAGGGCAUGGUAGUGCAGGGCAUGGCAGUGCAGGGCAUGGUAGUGCAGGGCAUGGCAGUGCAGGGAGCAUGGUGAGGCAUGAAGGCGGAGAGAAGGGAGGCACAUGGAGCCAUGCAAUAAGUGCAUCGCAGAGAGCCUCCCAGCCCGAAGGUGCGGCUUGCCAGCCACAGGAUGGGUGUGCCUCGACUUACUGCAACUCUGUUGACUUAUUCGACUCGCCUCACUCCUCUGGCCCGUCUGAACCAACUGACUCCCAGACAGUACCCCCAGUGGCUGGGUGGCCUCUGGGCCUUGCCUCGCACCCACCAAGGCACCCAGAGCGGAGGUAA